AUGGUGACACCAAACAACAACAUGCCGGGGGGGAUUCGAGAUUUAGCCUAUCACAGGAACAAUGGAAACGACGAUACGGGAAAAAUGAAAAUAAACACAAAUGCGCAGCAACAUAACCCAGUAAAUAGCAAUAUGUGCAACAUCUCAAAUAGCAUGAAUAAUAACAACUAUUCUUUAGGUUUAUACAUUGACAACCCACAGGAUGCAUUCACAUUUGACGAGAACGACUUGAAAACGUUAUUUUCUCAUUACAAAGGAGCAAGAAAUAUAAGAAUACUAAGUGAUAAGGCAGCUGCUCAAAUUACUUUUAAUGACAGGAAUAUGAUUCAGCAAGUGAGAAAAGACAUGAACGGGCUGACCAUUACAGACAUUGGCACGAUUAGGUGUAUUAUACUAAAUGAGGGCAAAACUGUGGAACAAUUUCUCCCCUUUUCUGCCAACGACCCUGCGUCGGCCAAGCAGAAACAGUGUUCCAAUCAGAGUGGCGACGACCCAGUCAAUAUGCUAAAGAAGCUGGCGAACUUGCUGCAACCGGGGCGCGCCCAAGGUAGUAACACGGCGCCGAAGAUAAGCGCCAGCUCAGGAUCAGACGCAACUGUGAGUGUUAACAUGGGUGGAAGUAUCGCAACCAAUGUUAACGUGGGUGGAAGUAUGACUACAAAUGCGAACGUCAGUGGGAAUCCCAUGCCAGGGAAAAACCAAGUGAAGAAUAAAAUUAGUAACCAGCCCAUUUACAACAACGGCGGUAGCCACUUGAACCAAAUACAAAUGAACGAAGGGGAGCACAGCGAAAACAACCCCUAUGCUACAAAGCGGUUAAGUCGAAUUGAACUAAUUGACAUAUUUGGUUUCCCCGUAGAAUUUGAUGUAAUGAAAAAAAUUUUAGGAAAAAAUGAAUCCAACAUAUCUUACAUAAAGGAACAAACUAAUAACUCUGUAUCCAUUGAGAUAAAGGGGAAGCCAUUUAAUGAGGCUCCAAUUGUGGAGCGAAUGCAUGUGUCUGUUUCAUCAGACGAUCUAAUAGGCUAUAAAAAAGCUACGGAGUUAAUUGUAAAAUUAUUGAAUUCUAUUUUUGAAGAAUUUUACGAUUUCUGUUAUGAGAGGGAUUAUCCAGUUCCGGAAAAUUUGUCGUUUAAGAGACACGAAUAUAUGUAUAACGCCGAUGGGAGUACGAAGUAUGUAGGAUUCAAGGACAAGUGGCAUGUCAUGAAGGACAGCCAUAGGACCGAUUACUCCUUUAGAAAGAACAGAGGAUUGCAAGAACACGACAAGGACAAGAGGAUGCACGGCGGCGUCUUUGGCGGGCACUCCAACUUGAGCAUCCACUACGGCAACCAGAAUGCUCCACAAGGGGACUUCAAGAAUUACAGGGAAUCCAACCAGGGAGAUUUUCGUAAUAUGAAAUUAAACCGGGCGCCAGAUCAGCACUUGUGA